CGCUAACAGCUCCAGAAAAACGCCCUUUUUCUAUUUUUAGUACCAAACUCUUAAUAAAAAUCUUCUAACGAAAAGGGUUACGCCACCCAUUUUCUCUUUCCCUAAGACUUUACUUUCCAAAAAUAGCACUCUCUGAACCCCCCCACCCCCACCAAACCUUAACCUCAUCCCCCUAAAGCUGGUCCCUCUUUUUAAUCUCCCCAUCUUCCUUGGAAUUCGCUCUUUUGUUUGGAGUAGUAACAGCAGCUUUGCUUCGUUGUCAGCACAUACAAGCAGAGUUCCAAAAUCAAAGUCGGUUCUAUUUGAUAUUUCAUAAUAUACCCUCCUAGUAUUUCCCAAACUUAGGGUUAGGGGUUUUCCCCCAAUAUAUAAUACGUGUGGGUGAGUUGUGUGUGACUUCUGUUUGAAUGUGCCCUUGCUUUGGGCUUUCGGUUUAUUUUCGUGAGGUGAGUUUUUGUUUGAUUUGUUGAUUGAUUGGUACUUUCUUGGAAUUAUCUUCAAGAAAGUUUGCUCUUUUGUCUGAUGUUCUGUGAAGUUCUUGAACCCUAAGGUUUCUUAAGUUGUUGGAUUGUGGAUUUGGGAGGAAUAAGAUGAUCUUGAUUUUCAGAUAUUGGAUUCUGGGAAUGCCAAUAGUGGAAGACUGUAAUAGCUUGAGUUAUUUGAGCGUUCUCUAGCAUUUGGUUAAUUAAUUGGAGAUUUUUUGGUUAUUCUCGUUUAAAAUGGAAAGGGGAGUUGGUUUUUGGGCCUCUCCGAGAGGUCAAAUGGAGGGCGUUGUCGCGUUUGAUGCUGGUGCAAGGUCUUCAAAUGUAGAUGAUUCAUUCAACAAUGUUAUGGAGAUUAUGAAUCUUGAUGCUUACACUGGAUGGUGCACUAGCCCUAGUGCAGCAGAGCAGAUGUUUGCCUCUUAUGCAGCAUUUUCGCAAAUUAAUUCCAUGUCUCAAAGUUAUGCACCGUUUGAAGGAUUGAGUUACACAGAACAAAAUACUGGAACAUUUCCUCCAAUGGAUGCCAAUAUGGUGGGAAGUACUGUUUGUGGAGGAGAGAAAAUGAUGUUCGGGCAAAAUGAUGAGCAGUUGCAUUUUGUGGUAGAUUCAACUGAUGGGGUCGGCUUGGUAGCUAAAAGAAGUAAAAAUUCAAGCCAGCAGGCUGAUGAUGCUGAUAUUGGCAACUCUAUGAUCGUAAGGUCACCUUCUCAACCACUUGCUGAGAGAAUGCUUAGGGCGUUGGCAAUGUUUAAAGAGUCAUCUGGUGCGGGAAUUUUGGCUCAAGUUUGGAUUCCAAUGAAGAAUAAGGAUCGGUAUAUCUUGAGCACGUGUGAACAGCCAUAUCUUCUUGAUCAGGCACUUUCUGGCUAUCGAGAGGUCUCCAGGAAGUUCACUUUUGAUGCAGAAACAAAACCAGGAUCGAUUCCAGGUCUUCCUGGUCGGGUGUUUAGUUCAAGAAUUCCAGAGUGGACGUCAAAUGUUCUGUACUACAAGGAGGCUGAGUAUUUACGGGGGGGGGGGACUUUCCUUUCUUUGAGUCAUGAGCCCUUUUGUAUUGUAGUUUGUGCUCGUCUGCAGGCUGUGAAUUUAAGGAGUAUUGCACCUCCUCGACUUCAUUCUCAGAGUCUCUCAAAGAACCAAAGAGCUGCUUUAGCUGAGAUAACAGAUGUUCUGCGAGCAGUUUGCCAUGCGCAUAAGCUGCCUCUUGCUCUGACGUGGAUUCCCUGUAGUGUCACUGAAGGAGAAGGAGAUGAAAGCAUAAGAGUCCUUGCUAGAGGAUGUAAUGCAAGUUCAAAUGAAAAAUGUGUGUUAUGCGCUGAGGAUACAGCUUGUUAUGCGAGUGACAAGGAAAUGCAAGGAUUUGUACAUGCAUGUAUGGAACAUUAUCUCGAGGAAGGUGAAGGUAUUGUUGGGAAAGCUCUUCAAUCUAACCACCCCUUCUUCUACCCUGAUGUGAAGGAGUACCAUAUAAGCGAGUACCCACUUGUUCAUCAUGCACGAAAGUUUGGUCUAAAUGCUGCUGUGGCUAUAAGAUUACGUAGUACAUUCACCGGCAAUGACGAUUACAUAUUGGAGUUCUUUCUUCCUAUCAGUAUGAAGGGAAGUACCGAGCAACAGCUUCUCUUGAAUAACCUUUCAGGUACCAUGCAAAGAAUCUGCAGAAGUUUGAGAACAGUGUCAGAUGCAGAAUUGGUUGGACAAGGUGCUACGUUUGGAUUACAAGAUGGAUUUGCUCCCAAUUUACCACCGAUUACAUUGUCUAGAAGGAACUCUCAGCACUCGUUAGACAGCAAUUCAAAUUCUGUGAGUGUGGCUCCUUUAGGCGUAUCUGAUUCAAAGAGUGCUGGAAUGCAAGCUGAUGGUUCUCGUGAACAGACAAUGAUUAGAUCAAGAAGACAGAUGGAGAAAAAACGAAGUACAGCAGAAAAACAUGUUAGCUUAAGUGUUCUUCAGCAGUACUUCUCUGGAAGCCUGAAGGAUGCUGCAAAAAGCAUUGGCGUGUGUCCAACUACCUUGAAAAGAAUAUGUCGACAACAUGGGAUAUCAAGAUGGCCAUCCCGGAAGAUAAACAAAGUCAAUCGGUCUUUGAAAAAGAUACAAACAGUGCUUGAAUCUGUCCAAGGAGUAGAAGGGGGAUUGAAGUUUGAUCCAGCCACUGGAGGUCUCGUUCCAGCUAGCUCUAUCAUCCAAGAUUUUGAUGCACAGCAAAGCAUAUUUUUUCCCUGCAAAGAUGUCUCUGUCAAAAAUCCUAAUUCUGUUUUCCAGGAUGCUGUGUCUGUACCCUCAACUUCAGGCAUUGACAAAGAAAACUCCAUGGUGAAAAUGGAAGAGGACUCUUAUGUUGAUGGGAACCAGCUCGGCCAAUCAAAUUAUAUCAAUACUAGCUCUUUCAAGGGAGGAAAUAAGUCGAGUAUUCCAGUGUCUGGAUUUUGUUAUGAACCCAAAUUGGCAGCAUUAGAUGCAAUGUCAUCUAGACCUGCUAGUCGGACGAUGCCAUUAACUAAUUCCAGAAAUGCAUCAUUGGGCUCUUUCCAUACAAAAGAAGGAUGCAGGAGGUGGGGGUUGGACAAUGAUACGUUGGACAAUUUUGAGUGUCAUUUCACUUCUCGGUGCUCAUAUUCGAAAGCUGCUGGAGGUGAUGGUGACACUAAGAUGAAAGGAGAUAAUGAAAUGGAUGGUGAUGGUGGGGUCAUUGAACAUAACCAAGCCAGUUCUUCAGCGAUGACAGAUUCAUCCAAUGGGUCUGAGUCAAUGAUGAACGGCAGUUCAUCAAGCUCCCGCAGUCGUGGUGCACGGAAUCAUUCUAAAGUUGAGGCAAACUUUGGCGAUAGUGGGUCAACAAUUACUGUGAAAGCCACUUACAAAGAAGAUACUACCCGAUUUAAGUUUGAGCCUUCAGCAGGGUGCUUCCAACUUUAUGAGGAGGUUGCAAAGAGGUUUAAACUGCAGACUGGGACAUUCCAACUCAAGUAUCUUGAUGAUGAGGAGGAAUGGGUGAUGUUGGUAAAUGAUGCAGAUUUGCAUGAGUGUCUUGAGAUACUGGAUUUUGUUGGUGGCCGCACUAUCAAGUUUCUUGUCCGCGAUACACCUUAUGCUAUGGGUAGCUCAGGCAGCAGUAACUGCCUUUUGGGUAGUGGCUCCUAGUACUGUAGCCGCAUGCAGGUCAGAAAGCUUCAAUCAGCAUCUGAUACUCUAUCCGAGUAUGAGAGUUUCUAGUUUACACACGGAUCACUUAUAGGUUUGGUUUUGGUAGAGCUUUUUCAUUCUACCUUUCAAUUUUCCUGCAGUUGAUAUGCAUCGACUAUAAUGUCAACAAUCCUUGGACUGCUAAAUCUAUGUGGCUGAAGUCUGCUUGACAGUCUCGAAGAUAGUUGCUGUGCUUAUUCCUAGCAGAGAUCCAAAGAAGAAAACCAAGAGCAUAAGAAGAUGCACCAGUAGAAGCAUAGUAGGUGGAAAUCAUUUGUUUGUUUUCUCUUACGUUUACAUGUGAGAUAGAUGGCACAUCUUUGUAUAAGUCACAAAUGAGUUAAAAGGCACUGUCUACCUACUCUGUAAAUAUGUUAGCUUAAGAAUGUUCUUUUAGGGAAUAGUCAAAGCAAUAAGUUGUACUAUAUCUUUUGAAUAAGAAAAUGUAAGAUAUCCUCUUCUAGUGUU